AUUUAUUUGCUGCGAACGAAGUGGUGAUGACGGUCACCAUGAACGGUGUUUGUGCGUCUUUGAGAAGGAAUUCGAGUAAAAAUUGUGCAAAGAAUCUCGCGAGUCGCUGAUAAAUAGUAGUGAAAAUCGGUACCCAAAUACCAGGCGUAUACGAACAGAGUAAAACCGGGUGCUGCGGGAAACUGCAAGUCAAAGAAAACGAUGGCCAUGUCCAGCUGGAUGAUUCGCCAUCGGAACCUGCGACAGAGAAAUCGACCACCACCGGAAGACUGCUACCGUUUGGAUGCUACAAAGUCGAGCUCCGAAAAUGCCUCGGACAUCUAUCGAGCACUCAGUGCCCGUGCCACCAACGAGAACAAGCGGCUCAGCCUACUGAAUGGGCUCGUAAAACUGAUCGAACGUUGCCGGAAGGAGAAAGUGUUCAGCAACUGUUCGCUGCUGGUCGGAUUUUAUCAGGAUUCGUUGAUGCUGGAAAGGGAUGUCGUACUCGGGUACGGCAGCGUCGAAUGGAUGUACUGUAUCAGUGCUUCGCUGGUUCACCAAUACACGCAGAUCAGAGCAGCGGCAUUGAGAGCGAUUCGUCACAUACUGAUGAUGCCGAGUGAUGUACGGGCACUGAAUGAACUUCAAAUAGGACAUUUGAUCUGUCGAAGUCUGGACGUGUUGCUGAAAAAUGAAGAAGAACGCGUACAGGCGUUGAAGCUAAUCCGGAAACAACUGGUCAUAGCACCGGAACUUGUUAGUCCAUCAGUGGUGAGGUGUUUGGUUUCACUGUGCGAAAGUGGAACUGAAGAUCGCAUCGGAUUCGAUCGGGAAGAUCGUAUGCUGAGAGCUUGUCUCGCUACGCUUUGCGAAUUGGGUGUGCUCAAUCCUAAGCUUUUGAUCAUUUGUGGAGGAGUCAGUGUAAUCACCAGGAACGUUCUGGAGUGUCAUAGUCCUCGGAUAGCGGAGAGUUUAUGCGGGGUACUGUUGCAUUUGCUAGAAUGGCCAAAAAAUCGUCAUAUUGCGGGCGUACGACUUGAUUGUCUAGCAGCUCCGUAUUGUGAUUUUAGCUAUCGGUUAGGUAUCAUGGAUAAAAACAAAGACGCCCGAGAUCUUCGGUUUACUUGUAGCCGUCUAGCUCUACUAUCUGUUCUCCGCAGUUGGGCUGGGACCAUUGAGUUCUGCAACCCAGCGAAACCUUCCGGAAUGAAAGCAAUUAUUGAUAUACUCUACCUGAACCAGCUCGAAGUCCGUAAAGCCGUACUCGAUCUAUUGUAUGAGCUACUCGGACUUCCUCAGCCAGGUUGGACCGAUGAAUAUUCGGUGGCACUUUCUGCAGUCGAUCCGUCUGAGUAUCAGGACUCGUGGCGGCUGAAUGAAGGCUUUGUGGCAGCAGAAGGCUCGGCCGUACUGCCUUCUCUCGCCAGUCGUGUGCCAAACGUCUCCGACAUACACCUCGCUUUACUACUGUACUGUUUUAUAGAAAACGGCCUGCUCAAUGCGCUAGUCGAAGUGAUCAUUUCCAGUGAUACGUUUAUCUCGGUCCGUGCAACGAUCCUGCUCGGCAAAAUCCUACACCAAAUGCAUCAACUACUGCCGGAGGAAAUCUGUCACUCAACGCCUUCCAGCACUUUGCCAAGUCUCAUCUCGAAAGCUACCGAAGGCAAUCACCAGGCCAAGGCUGCAAUAGCUGCUCUGCAGCAGUUUCAUCAGAUGCUACAGAACCGACCGGCAUCGUGUUCGCUGUUUCUCGACUGUAUCAUCCAGAGUGGCGAAUUGAUCAACACGCGGAUGUUCAAACGGGAGCUGAGUUCUCAGGAAGCAGUUCCAUUACCAGCAACGAAAUAUGCCACACUGGACAGUGGCUUCGGAACGAAACGCACCAGGCACGAUUCGGUUGGAUCAACGGGUAGCUCCAGUGGCGGAGGUGGUGGGGUCAGUGGUCGGUUAGGUUACCUUUUCACGGGGAGCCUGCCGUUGCCGAAUGGAUCCUCACUGGAUGACAGUACAAUCGGUGCUCCCGGGAUGAAGUCGCAAAUCGGUCUCUCCAAACGAGCCAGCUUCAAACGGGUCCGAUUUUUGCAUUUUUUCGACAAUCUCAACGAAAACGAACGUCUCAUCAAGGACUCGAACGUACUGGGAAACAAGGAUGCCAACGUGUGGGACUGGGACAUUGUGAUAACCAUCUUCCGAUCGGACAGUCUCGGCAGCAAGUUGGACGAUCAGAAUACGCGUUUCAUCCGGAGGAUCAUCGACUAUUUCAAACCGAGCAAUAACCGUUUCUCGCAUCAGGAUCUAACGGGCAAUAGUCGGCAGCUGCCGGCGUAUGUAACGGCGGCACUGGAGUUGAUCGAUUGGCUGCAGCAAGGUGAACAGGAGCUGGAAUGUAUCCGCAUCUUGACGGACCUGUUCACCGACAUCAGCCGGCAGCUAAUGGCGAUACACGCAAAGAAAUCGGCCCACGAGUGUCUGUUUAGUCCUCAGCAUAUGACCAGCACCAUGUGCCAGCAGUACUUUCUUCUGAUUGGACGCAUGUGUCGUACGGAAAAGGGACUGAGUGUCCUGACCAACACGGAUGUUUUUAAAGAACUGACCACAAUCGUCACAAAAACCAAUCAUCUCUGCUACGUGAAGCUGAUAGUGUCCGGUCUGGACUACAGUCUUGAAGGGGAGCCACGGAAAAUUCUAAUGCGUGCAUUGCUAAAACACCCUUCGGCAAAAGCACGGCUGUAUGCUACCCAGUUCCUGCGGGUUCUGCUACGAGCAAGGUUACCGAAUUUUGAAGUUUGGGGUAUUCCAUUGCUACUGAAACUUGUGGAUGAGAACCAGGCACGUUGUGUUCAACUGGCGGCCCUGGAAAUCCUGGAAGAAGCCUGCUACGAGAGAGUCUAUCUCGAAGAACUGGUCAACGUGUGGCCCAAUUUGGAGAAGAUGAGUGACCACGGCAAGCUAGUCAUGAUGAAGUUUUACUCGAUACCAAGGGGCCUGAACCAUCCGCAAGCGAAUAUUAAGGAAGAGAUCGAACGUUGGGUGAAGAUUUACAACAAAAGGUAUGUCCUGAUGAUCGAAGCGGACAUCCAUGCUCAUCUCACGCAGCACACAAAAACGGAAGACGGAACCUAUAGCCGGAGGCAUUGUGCCCAACGAACUGGUGUCACUGCUCCCAACAUGUUGCCGCACUUGUACAGCCAGUUGGUGCAGACUAGUCAAGGUUUAUCGAAACUUCAAACCUAUGGCGAUGUUGAGAGUUUGAUCGAAACAAUGAUGCAAGCCAAAUGCAAUACCGAACGGGAAGUUCUCUCACUGAAGGCUGCCAUGUGGGCUUUGGGUCAUUUCAGCACCAGUAAGGAUGGUGUUACUUACCUGAUCGAGUCUCGCGUGGAGAUCUACGAACGUCUGAUACGACUGGCAAUGUACGCCGAAGUUUAUUCAGUUCGGUCAACGGCACUGAACUGUCUUUGCUUGGUGGCCACAACACAACUCGGUGCAGAUAUUCUGCAUCGAAUGAAUUGGAUUGCUGUACGACACGAUCGACACACCUGCUGGCCUGUGUAUGAGCGGGAAGAUUGGUUCCCCAAACAGACGAACACCCCGAUCAGACAUAACUAUUCACUGGCACCGUACAACUAUGCGGCACUGUUAGGCGACAAUGGAAGCUUACUGCAAAACGAUAGCGAGGAACAUCAGCUAAUCAUGUCACGUCUGGAAAGCACCUCCGUUGGUGAAGACCAGGGUGACUGUGCGGGGGCUAUCAAUGCGCAAAGCUCCAGCCUAGCACCCCGUUCUCGAACUCUGCCGGAAGGUGUCCUGAGCGCUAGUCGAACACCGGUCUUCCAAAAGCACAAACGGUCCCUUUCCGAAUCGAAAACAACCGACGGGCUCAGUUUGAUGAAUGCUUUUCCGCCCUAUCAGCAAACUGCAAUUGUCCCUUCGUCACUGCAGUUACAGCCACCGUCACGAAUCCGCUACAACUCCGGCACCGACUCGAACACGUCUGGUGUAAGCAGCUACGAAUCGAUGGUCGGCGGCCGUUUCCACUCGGACAUGAUGCAGCAAAGUCAGCUCUCGCCAAUUCCCAGCAGUUCGAACCUGAUCGAUUUGAAAAAACUUUCAUCCGAAGAAAAAUAUCAACGCAUAACGCUUUCCAGUGCACCGGUGAAGAAAACCAGCAUGAUGUCGGCACAGGACAUUCAAGGUUACCACACAUUACGAAUAUUGCGGCAACGAUGCCGCCCGAUGCUGUCGGAAUCGGCCGCAGACGAGUUGGCCGAAAUCAUGGAUGACACAAUGGCCAGCAUGACUUCAUCUUCAUCUACGUCAACCAUCUCAAGGUUUCGGCUGAGGGCAUCUAAGUCACUUUCGGAACAACAACGCAAGCUGCGAGUUCGCAGUCUAGACCGGAACAGUAGCGUCAAUGCUGUAAUGGGGUACGACGAUUUCCGACAAAGCUUACGGAUAAAGCAUCAGAGACUUCAAGGACUAGUCGAAAUUCGUGGUCCAUGCUAUGCAGGAAUCUGUCUACCGCGUAACAUUCUGGAUCUGUUCCCGCUGGACGAAUGCAACGGUACGUACGUGUCGAACUUUACGCUGAACGAGUUCGAAGCCAAUAAUUUCAGUGGUGAGGUGGCCUAUUGUAAGGACGACUUCGGAGGUGCCCCCAGCAGUAGUAUUCUGAUUGUGGAUCGAGAAUCGGUCGAUUCGUUGAAACUGUUGCGAACCAAUUCGAUGGAUAGUACGGGAGCCGGUCACGUGCGAGACGAGUGUCUCCAGUGCUGUCGACCACGGAACUUGCCUUCGGCAACCAGCAGUAGCAGUCGCAGCGAAUGUUUCAACUCUUCGGAAAAUUCCUUCUAUGAUGACGGAGAUCGGAUACGUGCUAGCAUUCUGUUGCAUGUCCAGCGAAUGGCGAAUCCAGUUUGGAGCAAACAAAGCCGUGCCCAGUUACUGGAUCUCAAACAAAAACAUGGCAGUGCGUUCCAGGAUGUCUGUUUGUACUCGGAAGUCUGUCAGCAACUGGCCCGGAAUACGUACCGACUUGCUUCGAGAAGGUUCCUGCAGGAGCUCUUCCUGGAUUUGGAUUUUGACAGUUUCUAUCGGGAACCGGGAUAUAUUGCCAGCUCGAGAGUAAGCCGUUCGGUAGGCACCGAAAGUUUCCUGAACGGUAUCACAGUGGAGUGUGAAUCAUCAUCUCCGAUAGUGACGGCAAAGGCCAGUGAAUCGUUGAAAAUCAGUAGUAGUGCAACUAGUCGGACUAGCAGCGCAAAAGUGAAUCACGAAGGUAGCAAUAAACAACAGAGUUCAAGUAAUAAUGUUAGUGGUAGUCAGCAGAUUAAAACGAAGGCACCAUCCUCGCAUGCAAUAGUAACUGGAAGUAGUAACAGUAGUAGCAGUGGUAGCCAUACUGGAAACAGUGACAGUAUUCCCACCCUACACAGCACCGGUGGCAAGACGCACCAUAUGCGAUCACCACCGCUAGCCAGUUUGUACGAAACGAGCGUCGAAAACCUGGCGGAAAUGAGUUCCACUCCGAAGGCCAAACCUUCGCUGCGUGUACAGGCCGCUCUCGGUCAGAUGGAAAUGAAUCAGAAAGUCCUCAACCGGCACUCGAUCGGUACGGAUGUGCCGGAUGGUGGCAAUGGCACCAAAGAAAAGACUACGACUACCGACGCGGCAUCCCGAAAACCAGCCGAUGAAGACGACGAUCCCUCGUCGUGCUCGUCCUGUUCGGCGGUGAGUGCGCCAAACCAAAACACCAAAUACAAAUCCCGGCCGCGCUUCAACACGCUAGAGCUGGACCUGAGCUGUACCAAAAAUAAGUUCCCCAUUCGUCGUGAUCGGACCGUCGCCAACCAGCGGAACUACACCGACCAUUCACCUACGACUCCUACAACGACCACGACGACGAUCGGCGGCGGGACCGCGGAUAUCGUGACCACAUUUGGGGUAACUGUGCUUGGCAGCGGCAGUAACAGUGCCGUGACCAGUCCCUCCGGGACUGGACCUCUGCCAACACUGUUUUGCGAGCAGCGACUGCAGCAGCAACUCACCAGUUCCAAAUCGGAAGCGACUCUGAUGACUAGAAAGUGAGACUGUUCGAAUGUUUGGGUGGGUGUUUGUGUACGUGUGCGUGCGCGUAUGUGACUAUGAGGCUAGGAUGAUUGUCACAUUUCGUUUCCUUUUGUUUUUAUUUUUUUCUCUCAGCAGGUAUAAAGUUUAGUUUUUUUUCAAUUAUUUUAUUUUCGUUGACUGGACACGGGCGAAUUUUUGAAACUGAUAUAUUAUUUAAAAAAGGAAAUGGGAAAAUAGUACAAUGUGCUGAAUAAGGAAAAAUGUUUUAUAUUAUCGUACUUACACUUACAAAUUGUUACAAUCCAUGCGCCCAAUUUAUACAAUUCCUUUGUGUUUGUGACAAAAAAGUGUACUGCAGGUAAAAUACCAAACACACUGAGUUUACGGUAUCUGAAAUGAGUUGUUCAACGUACAAUGACAGACUAAUGAUUCAGCGACAAGCUGAUCAAUCGAAAAAAAAAACAACUAACAUAGGUGCUUUCUGCGUAGUAUCCCUAAUUCAAACCGAAGCCUUCGAAGUAUACAAGCAUUCAUUGAAAAUCUAGUCGCAAAGCACACUCGACGGAAAAUAGGCAAGCGCAACACUAAACUGUCUUAACAAAUCUCUACUGCCAACGCACGGAAAGCAAUCCUUUUUUCACACUUUCAAACAUUCAGUAAGACGAGAAAACAGACUCCAUAAGAAAAAAAACUCACGAAACAGGAAAGAAAUGUCAUACAAAACGAAUACAUAGUUCAUUCGUAACAAGUUCCUUUAGUUUAAUAUGUACGCAUUCAAACGGUAUUAUUCUGUUUGCUUUAAUUUAUUCUCCUUCAAUCAUACCCAAAACCAGCUCGAUGGCAGCUUAUUUUUUUCCUCUGAUAGUAUAUCUAAUUUCAAUCCAACUUAAUGAUUAUUGUGUUGGUGAACCACCGCAAACGUUUCACACGGCAGAUACGAUACUGCAUAAAAGUUCCUUUCUCAAAUAAUUAAUAGACAAACACACAAUAGUUGCUAGUUCAAAAUAAAUUCUCUGAAUCGAAAUAUUUAUGAAUAUAACUAUUAACUUAACGUGUUAGGAUUAGUUAUCAGGAAACUUGAUAUAGCAUAUUGUUGGGUUUGCAAUGCUUCAAUCAAUUUAAUAUUAAAACUAUUUUAUACUCGUCCUACUAUUUUCAGGAUAAUUAUGAUACUAACUUAAAUUCACGGGAAUGAGUAUUAUCAACUAAUUUUGAUAUAUGAAACAGGGAGAUCGAGCGAAAAACUAGGAAGACAACGUGUAAUAUAUGUGACUGGUAGGGGGAGAAAGUUUUUCGUUCAUAUAUUUGUUCUUCAAUUUAAAACUUCAUAAUUAUGCAUGCGGAAUAGAGUAGGUUUUAUUUUGUAUUGCGUAUUUAUGUGUGCAUGAAAGAGUGUUAGAUGUACCAGCAGUAAAUCCGUAUGUAUUUUCCCUUGAUUUGCACUUUUGCGUGUAAACCAAUGUUUAAAACUAGUUAAAUCAAUGAAAUACCGUACUAAUACUGUUCACCGGUCGCUGUGAACGUUUAAAAUUGAGAAAUGUAACAUAGAAUCAGAUUAAUUGACAUAAAAUACUACAACACUUUAUUGAUUCUAUUUUUACAAAAUUUUGUUAACAGUCCUGGAGAAAACAUACAGUUAAUAUAGACGAUCGCGUUUGCAUGUUAAAUUAAACCGAAAUUUAAUAUGAUACGUAAGAAAAUGCGAUUUAUCGGAAAAGACGAUGAAAAUCAUGUCUGCAUGCAUCAAUAAAAGAAAACAAAUAAA